AUGCCAUCGGCACAAAUUCUGAAUCCUAUUAUAACAACAUCAAACGAUAAGAAACAACAAGAAUAUCACAAACCAAUAGAAGCAACUACAAAUGAACCAGAUGUAAGGUGCAUCGAUUUUAAGCGCCAGCAGUUUACGCCAUCAUCAAGUUUGUCAGUUGAUAGUGAACUGUCUCAUGAAGGAAACGGAAAAUCGACUGCAGAACAGCGAAGCAAGAAAACGGAACAGCAGCAGCCUGAUGCGAAGCGAUUAGAAAACAAAGAAUCACAUGAUAGUGGGCUUUAUAACUCUGGAACAGAAGUGAAUUUUACUGCAAACGAAAUAAAUACGAUAACGUCAAAUCGAAUUGAAGAAAUUGCUAACACUCUAGUAAACGUACUACAGCAUCAUUCCAAAGCAUCUACAUCAACGACAACCAGUGCACCAUUGGCUAUAAUGAGUGGUAGUCAUCAGAGUCAUUCGUCGACUUGUUCAAUCCAGCGAUCUAUUGACGAUAUCUGCGACAGUAGCAGACAUCAUUCCAGUAGACCGUCUACUUCUUUGAAUAAACGCACCAAAUGGCCAUGGGGAAAUGAUCCGAUUAAAAAUCACUGCGCGAUUCCGUUGGAUGGAAGUGCUAAUCGAGGUAAAGAUCCGCGUCAUCGGAAGUAUUCGUCGCAAGCUUCCACCUCAUUACCAUUACCAAAAUUUGUGCAUGAACAUCAUUCUGCGCCAAGCUCACGUCGGAAUAGCAUACCGGAUCCAUUUCGUUCCCCGCAGCAACAGAGGCAAGAUUCAAAAUGUCCAAGGAAUUCUUUACCCGCUUCAAGUUCCGGUCUUCCUGGAUGUCAUUUGAAAUGGAACGCUACGGAAAACUCACCUCCACAGAAAGUGUCCAGUGGACGAACACAUUCAUCGGUAUCAAGAUCGGAAUCAAGCAAUAGUGAAGCGAUGCUUUCUCCUGACCCCUCAACUACGCAACCUUCGCUUAUAACAACUACCAUAGAUAUUUUUGGAGAUACUUCGCCUGCCAACAACUCGAGUGCAUAUCGCGAGCGGCUGGAUGCAUUGGGAGCUACGUUUCAAAAUAUCGAACAAAAGUUUCAGAAAACAAAGCAGAAUACUCAUUUGGAUUAUGACCGCAAAGGAACAUCACAACGCAGUUAUAAAUUCGAGGAAGAACUGGAACGACUAAAAGCACGAACUGGAUCGUCUAGUUCAACGGUAGUUACCUCGCAGUCAGCAACAUCUUGUUCUCACUCCACGUCUAACACGUUCACGGAUUCUUUCACAAGAAUACGUAGUGGUAGUGGUACUACAUCAAUUUUCGAUUCAAAGGAUGCAGAAAGUCAGAAGUUAAUUCGUAAUCCACUUUCGCUCUCCAUCCCAAUGCCACCUGCUCCUGUAACUUCUACUAGUUCGAGUCCCUAUACGCCAAUUUUCUAUACCACGUGCACCACUUCCUGCAAUCUUCCAUCACCACAGUUUUCCGGCGCUCAACUUAGGAAGCCUCUCCUGCCACCGAGCAUUACACAGGGCAGUAAUCAGACACCUCCGUCGGCAGCUGCGUCUCGUAUUGCUUAUCCUCCAGAUUUCAGUAUUCCACCUCCACCGCUUCCGCAACCUCCGGUACCUCCGACACUGUCGUUGACAACAUGCAAGUCUGCUGCAGCUGGUGCUUCUCUGAUCUCAGCUCCGCCUCCGCCACCUCCACUGAUAUGUAAUAGCACAUCCCAAUUUGAUCCAGCAUCAUCAUGCAUGUCUACGCUUCAACCACUGGUCCGUAGCGCUGGUCCCCAGAGCAGUACGCAAUCUUCAUCCUGGAGGACUACAACAAAACCGUCUACUCCUCCACCUCCUGCAUCACAUUCUGCUGUUAGUUCGAAACAAACCUCAGUUUCUUCCGCACCUAGCACAACAAAACCGCCAACGUCUAGUUCACUUCUUGGUAAUACUACGUUAGAAAUGGAUAAAGUGCGGUCGCGAACUCAAGGAAGUGAUAAGGUGAGAGAUAAAGAGCAUAUGAAAAUCAAUUCGAAGUCGCAUCUUCCUGAGAAAAAAGGAUCUAAGGAUUCUACGAACAAACAACCUUCACUGAGUGAAUUAUUUCGUCAACAGGCGCAAGAUUCAUCAGAAGUUUUUAAAAAGCAGUUGAAAAAAAUCAGGAAAGAGAAAAGUGAUGAAGCAUCGCACCAUAAAUCGAAUGACGAAAGUAAAAAAGGAAUAACUGAGGUCACGAAAGAGAAACACUCGAAGUUGCCGGAAAAGUCGGAUCAAAGUGUAGCUGAGAGAGAGAAAGAUAAACAUGCUGAUGGAAAGGGCCAGUCACAAGAAACGAAGUUGAAAAUCGCUGCCCAGAAGCAGCUGAAAGAAAAAAAGAACUGGUUUAGAGAAAAGGACAAGGAACACGAGAGAGGAGAGGUUACCUCGGAGAAGAAAUCGCAACGACCGGUGGAAAAAAGCAUUAAGAAUAAGCCGAUGAAAGAUUGCACCAGUGCUAAGCAAAGGGAAAAGAGAGAAAAGGAACAGUUGCAGAAAGAUCGUACAAAAAAAAAGGAGCAAGAAAAGCAUAAGCAAAAGGAAAAAGAAAAGGAACAGAGAAAGAAGGAAUUGGCGAAGAAGAAGAGGAAGAGAAAAAGAGAGUCAAGUACAAGUUCAAGCGAAGAAACAUCAUCGUCGGAAGUAGAACUCCAUUCAUUUGAUCGAGAAUUGAAACGAUUAUUCAUGGAAGAAGAGGCUUCGGGAUCGCUAGGUUUAUCAAUGUACGACCGAGUCAAGCAGCGCUCAUCCUCGAAACCAGAUGAUACGGCCAGGAAAAAUCGGGCAUUGGAGUUGUUACAGGAAAGGACACAAAAUCGUCGAAAUAACGAACAAAAUCGGCCAAAGCGAGUGCAGCUAGAGAGUUCAUCAUCUGACAGUGAAGAAGAAUCUGGUAGUUCGUCGGGUCCUUCAGUAGAUGUUUCCAAAGUUCGCAACAAGAAGAAGAAAACGGAAUCGAAGGGUAAAUCGGCGAGAAAAGCUAAAUCGGUUCUGCAAAAGAAGUUACUCACUGAUGAUGAAGUCGAGUGUAAUGAUGAUGACGAUGAUGGGGUUGACAAGGAUUCGGAAAGGUCCGAAUCAGAGGAAGAACAUUCGAAACGAAGACGCAGUCGAAAAAUAGCAACAUCAAAAUCUUGUAAAAAGCAGAAAAAAACCACGUCGUUGUCAUUGGAUGACGUAUUUGGAACCUAUUCCACGGAUGACGAAUCUACAAAACAUUCCAGAGGUUCCAUCGUCCCAUCACUAUACAAGGAAAAGGAUGAAAAAGAAGAAGGUAAAAAAGCUGUCACAAAGAUCGAUGGAAAUCAGAAAUUAAAAGACGAAAAAGAGAAGACGGGAAAUACUAGGCGUUUAAGUUUAAAGAAAGAACGCAAAAAGGAGAAAUUGGAGGAAAGUGAUGAUGAAUCUUGUGAAGAAGGAAAAAAGACUGCUCCACGAAAAGUGGAGAGCAAGCAAGUUUUGGAAAAAUCGGUUGAGAGGAAGGUUACUGGUAAGAAGCGAUGCAGCAAAAAUGAUGAAGUGUGUGAAGCUGCUACUAUUGCAAACACUGUAGAAGUUCCAGAAAAAAAGAAGCAGAAAGUGGAGAAAUCUUUGAUUGAAAUUUCAAUGUUCCGUGAAGAUAAUAAGAAGACGACUAAAGCAAAGACGUCUACCACACCCGAACAAAAGAAAAAAAAUCGGAAACCUGGAAUUAGUGGGCAGUUUGAAAAGAAACUAGCGAAAAAGCUAAAAAGAGAACAAAAAGAGCGAUAUGAGGAACAGAAACGAGAAGCAGCUAUGACGAAACAAAAAGAUGAGAGAUUACAAAAUGAAGGUGAACGGCAAAAAAUGGAUAAAGCUAAUAGUGAUUGCACUGAUGGUACGGGACCUAAUUUUGAUGAACGAAGUCCAAAAACAGCUAUUCAGAGUCAUGAAUCAUCUAGUACCAAAGGUGCUCGCAAAAGGCAUCUUAGAGCCGAAAAUUCAGAACAAGUGAAAAGGAGCAGAAAGGAGCCGAAGUCAUUGAAACUAGAAAUGUCUGGGACAGAUUCUGAUUCUUAUGAGGAUUUGAAAAAGAAUGAUGCGUUGGUAAUGAAGCAGGAACCAUCAAGUAAAUCUCCCGAGAAUUUUGAUGCAAAUAAUAUAAGAAAUAAUAUAUCCGGACCGGAAAGUAAAAGUGAUUUGCCGUCCGAUGGUACGAACACAGGACCUGAUAUCCCACAAUUAACGAAAAUAUCAGUCGCUUCUAUGCCUGGCACGGUAGAAAUGGAGCACACCGAAAUGGACUGUGUUUCGGAGGAAUGUGCAACGAAUAUAAUUUUACAUACUACAUCGAAUGAAUAUCCUUCACCUCAGAAUACCUCACACGAUGAGUCAGAUCAGUCUAAAAAGUAUGACUUAGUGGAACAGAAGCUGGAAACCGAUAGACCCUCAGUAACAGCGGACAAUGAUAUUGUAUCCAGACAUCCUCAGGAAAACACGGAUCGCAACCAAAAUCGACCAAAGCAGCAACAACAGGAGCUUUGCACAUCCGACGAUGAUGAAAGAGAUGGAGAUAGAGAUGUUGAUCGCUGUGUCAUCGGUCGUAAAAAUUCAGUGUCUUCAACGAAUAGCAGUGAAAGUGGCCAGACAAGCUUGUUAUCAACAUCAUCGGCCAAUCUAGAAACUCAGCUGGAAGAUGGUCCUGAGGAUCAAAACCAACAGCAGAUUUUAGGAUCGGAGAAGAUCAGGAUUUCGGGAUCUGCAGAAAUACUCAAGACUGGUCGUAGUCGUGCUACGGAGCAAGAAUGUGUUGAAAAGGCCGAAAACGAAGAGAAGUUAUUUUCCAGUGAUGUGGUCAGCGAAGGAGUCAUUUUUGUACCAAAUUCAGAUGCUGAGUGUUCUACCGAUCUCACAGUUCAUGGUGCAGAUAUAGUAAGUAAUGCAGUAGUGAAGAAGCAACAGCAGCAACCCCAAAAUGUUGAAGGCUCGGGAGCAAGUAUUCUGGACAGUGUGAAUGAUGCUGAAUCCAACGGAAGUUUCGAGUUGAUUGAUGAGGGACGAGUUGGUGAUGUUGAUUCAUUGCCGGAUCAAGAUAUUGAUAGUGAUUCUGGUGGUACCAGGCAACAACAACGCCGAGAAUCCACUUAUAAAGUCGAGCAUCUUCGGAAAGAAACGGUGAUGGAAGUAGAAGAGCAUGUGGAUGGUUCUGAAUGUACUGCUACCGUUCGAGUGCAAGAUGAUGUUCACGAUGUGCAGGAAACCGAAUUUGCUGUGCAGUCGAUUGUUUUAGACGAUAAUCGAAGUCAGCAUAGCGGUGAAGAUGGUAGCGCUGCUAUGGAUUAUUUGAGUGAAGGUGUUGGCGGUACAAAUUCGAGACGUGCUAGCCUGACGGAUACAGCAGGAAUUGCGGAUUUUAGUGCGAAUAAGCAGCAGGAAGAGAGCGAUUCUCAAGAUAAUGCAGAUGUCGACAGUGAUGACAUUACUACAUCGAAAUUAGCAACAGAUGCCGAACAUCAGGAAAUGCAACUGGAAGAUACGGAUGGCAAUAAAAGUAAAAUGGACACAGAUGAUAAGCGAAGUGAUUCACAUCUUGACGAGGUGAUUGAUGACGUAGUGGCCGGUGGGUAUAUGGAAGUAGAUGCUGAGCAACUAAUGCGUAUAAACUCAAAGAAGGCAAAAGAGGAAGCAGUUUUACGAGCUGCGGCUGCGUCUACGCAAGGAAGCAUCACUCAGAAAGUUGUGCCGUCGACAACUUUCUCAAGAGGUGCCGAAACAUCGCAAUAUGAUUAUCAAAGUGCUGCACAUGGACCGUCGCAUACCCAGCAACAACAGUAUGGAAGCAGCGGUUAUCAUAUGCAACAAUCACAACAACAGCACCAUUUGCAAAUGCCGCAGCAGAUAACUUUGCAGCAGGGCCUUUUGUCGCAACCGCCUCAGCAGCAACAACAGCUUCAGCAAAAUAUUGUCCAUGGUAAUAGCCAUAUGGUACUACAGCAGCAACAGCAGCAGCACAUGGGUCAAGCUAUAGUGCAACAGCAGCAGCAGCAGGGUACUCGUCUAACGACUUAUCAACAGUCACAAUCACAGAUCAUGAAAGUUCCUGAAACGACAUAUCUACAACAGCAACACUUACCUCCGAUCGAGCAGCGAGUACAGGGAACCACUGCGAUACCGCAGCAGCAGCAAUCACAUCCGCUGCAGUCAAAGAGUGUAGCAACAGGCAAUUUACCAUCAUAUUACUCAGGUAGGAAUGCUGUUCAGCAAGCUGGUACAGCCAGCUUUACUUCACCUCAGAUGUCGCUUCAGCAGCAACAACAGCAUUUGUUCCUGCAGCAACAGCAAACCGCAGAUAACAUGCAAAAUAUAGCUAAUGCAGUAGGUGCUGGUGCUGUACAUGCUGUAUCGCAGUUGUCCGAUGCGCGCCAACAAGUUGUACAGGCAACGCCAUCACAACAGCAAACAACCCAGUUGGUAGCUCAAUCACACCUGCAACAACAGCAAUCGAUAAAUUACGGUUCACCUAUGAUGACUUCUACAUGUAGCACUGCAGCAGUAGUAGCUGCACAGAGUGUAGCUGCUGCAUCCAGGCAGCUAGAUUUGAACAAACAAAUGGGUUUAUCAACAACGCCGCUCCAAGAAUCGAUCAGUAGCAGUCCCUAUGAUUUAUAUGCUAAUCUACCGAAGAAACCGGCAACCGGAGCAACACAACCACAGCACCAACAGCAGACUCAAAUAACUCAGCAGCAACAACAGCAGGGGAAAGUUUCCGCAGAAGUGCGCCACAAUCAUCCAAUUCCAUCACCGCUUGCUGCACCAUUGAUGGGACGUACUGGGGCUACGCCUUCGAGUGCAACUGCACCAAAUUUACAAGCUAGUCGAUCAAGUGCAUCGACAAAUACUGCACAUCAAAUAAAUCGUACAGUGCAACAUCAACAACAACAGCAGCAACAACUUUCGCCGACUGCACAGCAAGCGGUUGCAUUUGCAAUCGGUUUACCUGGCACCACUUCACCAUUUACUCAAAUGCAACAGCAAUAUUUACAGCAGAUGUAUCGUUCAACACUUUUUAAUACUUUCCAAGCAGCAGCAGCAACAAGUGCCUACAGUGGUGGAAAUGUAGCUGCGGCAGCAGGAGCAUAUGGACCAGGUGGUUAUUCAGGACCGCCGAAUAAUCCAACAGCAGCAGCAGUCGCCGUUGCCGCUGCAGGUGUACUGCCUGGUGCUGUACGACAAGAUACCCAGCGACAGCAGCAACAGCAGCCGCAUUUAGCGGACCUUCAACAACAGCAACAGCAAUAUUUGACGUCUAAUCUGUAUCAACAGUCUUCGCCAGCGACUACACUUUGUUCUCCACAGCAAGCUAAUAUUGCAGCUCAACAACUGAAUUCUCUCUACGGUGCUGCCACUGGUGCAUUUCCGAUUUCGUGCGAGUCAUCAUUACUCUCUACACAGCAGAUGACUGGGCAAUCGGGAAUAUAUCAUGUUGGAGCUGGACAACGUCAACAAGAUGUCAAACAACCAUCGAAACAGAAACAACAGCAAGCGCAGCAGCAGCAGCAGCAAGUCAAAACUUAUGCUGGUCUACCGGCUGCAUCGGUUAUCGCCCGGUAUCCGGUCAUGUGGCAAGGAAUAAUUGCACUUAAAACAAACGAAACUCGUGUGCAGAUGCAUAAGGUUGGCGGUAAUGCUGAAAUGUGCAAACGUUCAUUAGAUCAAUUUACAACAACAUCAAAUCAUAUGCCAUUAAUAAGAAUUAACCAGCGAAUGCGUAUGGAAGCGGGUCAGCUUGAAAGUGUUCAAUGCAAAAUGAUGGAUGAGCAUUCGUACAUCGCGUUGAUUUGUCUUUCAUGUGGUCCGAGCAAAGAAGAUAUAAAAAGUCAGUCCGAGCUUCUCAAAGAACGUUUUGUUGAUUACUUGGAAUCAAAACAAGCUGCUGGAAUAUGCAACGUUGGCAACGAGCAGAAUCCGACGCCUAAUACUAUUGUACACAUCUUUCCACCGUGUGAUUUUGCAUCUGCAUUCCUGCAGAAGAAUAGUCCGGAUUUGCUGGAAAUAUUCAGGCAACAGAAAGCUAGCUAUUUAUUCGUCGUCAUUACGUCUGCAAAUUAG